GAUAGUUCAUAAUAUUCUCUAUCAUAUAGGUAGUACAUAUACGAAUACACAACAAACAUAAUAUUAUUACACAAUUACAAAUAACUGUUUACUAUUUGCUGCACAAAAUAAUAAAUAUUGCUUUCAAAUUUUAAUAUUGUAAAUAAAUACAGUACGGUAUUACCACGAUUUUAAUAUAUAUAUUUUUAGUAAGAUUUAGUACAAAUGUCAAGUGCUUUCUGAAUAUUUCAUAGUUUUUAUUUUGUUAAUUUUGAUGAAUUGUGAUUUGUGUUCAUAAAUUGUAUCCAAAAAGUUUAUUGUUUUAUAAAUACAUUUAUAUCGAGUGAAAUUCCAAGUAUAAAAUGGAUUUAAAGAUGGAGAAACUGACGUUUAAUGUUACAUCUGAAAUGUCUUUGCAUAGUAUACAACAAUUUGCUUGCAUUGAAACGGGUAUGUUACAGAAGGACUUUUACUUGUUGUUUAAUGGCAAAAUUUUAAAUGAAAAUACUGUUCAAAAUGGUAUUGUACACAUUGUCCCUCGGAUAAUGGGAGGCAAGGGAGGAUUUGGUUCAAUGCUUCGAGCAAUUGGUGCACAAAUUGAAAAAACAACUAAUCGUGAAGCCUGUAGAGAUUUAAGCGGUCGUCGGUUACGUGAUAUCAAUGAAGAAAAACGAGUGAAAGAUUUUCUAGCCAAAGGAGGUCCCAGCACAGAAGAUCCUGAAGAACGCAAAAAACGCAAAUUACAACGUCUAUGUCAAGCACCCAAAACAGAAUUUAAAGAUGAACAUUAUGAAAAGCACAUGUCCGAAAUGACAGAAUCUGUUUCAGAUGCAAUAGAGUGUGGUUUCAAAGCAGGUACAUCAGAAAUUCCAAUUAAGAAAAAAAUUAAAUCCAAAGGAUAUUAUGAUUCCGAUUUGGAUACAGAUAGCAGCGGUGAUGAAUUAGAUGAAGAAAAAGUGUCUACUGAGUCAAUCAAAGAGGAGCAAUCAGACGAAGAAUUAAAAGAAACAGAAAAUGCUAAUAAACGUAAAAGUUUAGACUUAGAAGAUACUGAUACUAUAACAAAAAAAAGAAUCAAAGUUUAACUAUUUUUUAAAUUAAUUUAAAUAAUUUGAUUGAUUUUUGUUUCAAAAAUAAAUUUAUAACUGUAAAACCGGUAAUUGUAAAUUAUACUUGUAACAUUUGACACGUAAGGUAUUGUUAAUUAAGGGAACAUACUUAGGAGUUUAAAAUAAAUUUAAUACAAAUUACAAUUAUGCCUAAUAAUAUUUAUGUUCAAAAACAUAUUUUAAUUUUAAUGCUGUUGUUUGGAUUUUGAGCAAAUAGCAAUAUAGUAGUGUUAUUAUCUUAUUUUGUUGGUCUAUUCAACUUUGAUCAACUUAUGAAACAUACUUGAGAAAUUUAAUGUUAUUAAGCCGUACUUAAGAGGUUUUAUUAUCAUUUCACUAAUUGUAUUCUACAUUUAUAAAUUUUAAUAAUACAUGAAUAAUUUUAAUACUUACUUCAUCUUGAAGUUCAGUAUCAGAUUUUUGAGUAGAAAGUAGAUCUAUGAUACUAGUAUAAUAUUCCUCAUCUGAAACACCUAAAUCUAUUGAUGAAGUCUUACUAAUCUGUUUCAAUAGCCAAGCUCUACCAAA